GUGGGAAUCUGCACCGGGAGCCGCCGGGGGCGCCUCCGGCCGCCAGUCGCCGCCGCCGCCUAGGGCCCCGGCGAUCCAGCUGAGUGAGCCCCGCUGGAGGAAAAGAGGGCGGCUCUUCCCGCGCCCCCCACAGGUAGGUCGCCGACCCCAUCUGGUACAUUGGGGACCACGCGCGGACGCGGAGCGAUUCACGAGAGACAGGGAGAGGAACACGGGCAUUCCCGAGCCUUGCUUCACUGUCAAGGGAAACCCGCGGGUUUUGUCGCUAAAUCAGGAGGUAUCAGUGCAGGCCUGCGUUAGGUUUCUGCGUGUGCGGGAGGAAGAGCAUGCGUUCAGAGAGAAACUCUCGGGGCAGUCACACCUUUUCCAUGCUUUGAGGAGAAACUGGCCUUUCAAACUCCUGGCUCCUGAGGUGGAGGAAACAUCCUGGCAGAGGCCUCCUCCGGCAGAACCAGAAAUGUCAUUGGUGGAUUUCAAGACCUACGUGGAUCAGGCAUGCCGAGCCGCAGAGGAGUUUGUCAACAUCUACUACAGCACCAUGGACAAGCGCAGGCGUCUGUUGUCCCGGCUCUACAUGGGCACAGCCACCCUCGUGUGGAACGGAAACGCGGUUUCAGGACAAGAAUCCUUGAGUGAGUUUUUUGAAAUGCUGCCUUCCAGUGAGUUCCAGAUUAACGUGGUAGACUGCCAGCCCGUUCACGGUGAAGCCACCCCAAGCCAGACCACAGUCCUUGUUGUGAUCUGUGGGACAGUGAAGUUUGAGGGCAACAAACAGCGGGACUUCAACCAGAACUUCAUCCUGACAGCCCAGGCCUCCCCCAGCAACACGGUGUGGAAGAUAGCAAGUGACUGCUUCCGGUUCCAGGACUGGGCAAGCUAGUGGGGUGGGACAGCUUCCUUCCAGGUCCAGGACUGGGCAAGUUAGUGGGGUGGGACAGCCUCCUUGCUUCACGCUGCGCUGGGGGACGCAGGUCUUGAGACCUGGGGACACAUGUUCAUUCCUGUUGUUCCACAGACACUGCGGACCAGCGUGCCAAGGCCGGGACGCUUCCGCGUUUUCUCCAGGCCUAGAAGCCCCUUUUCUGAGUUUGUGAUAGUUGCCUUUUAAGAGUGUCAUACUUUUCUAUUUUUUUAUUUGUCCUAUAGAAACUCUGGUUCUGGAAAUCCUGAAAAAUAAAACAAGACAAGUGUCGCUUCUUA